CAGCUUAACAGGGGAGAGGAAUGUCACCUCUGCCCAGAGGUGCUGAAAGCUAGGGUUCUUACACCCAGAAAAGGCAUGCCCCUCCCUUCCCCAAGGAUAAUUGGAAACAGCCCUUACAGCUGAAUGUGGGUUUGGGGUUGUAGGUACUCCCUUUCCUCUCUCAGCCUCAUUUCUCCCCAUAACCAUCAAAGAAGGGCCCAAGUUUACCCCCUAAUCUCUUGCUUUUCACCCAACCCUAGAUAACAGUAAAGGAUACAGGAGAAGACUGGCAAUGAGUGGGGAGUUCAGUAACCUGGGUUUGCUUUCUGGCAUUAUCCUAGACACUCUAUGACCUUGGGCAAGUCCCGGGACCCCCCUGAGCCUCAGUUUCUUUUUCACUUCGAUGGGGAUCCUUUAGCUCGGCCCCCCUCCCACCUCACAGGUGGUCGUGAUGAUCACUCAGCGCACUUGGUGAAGUGCGAAGCCUUCAAGGUUAUCAUUCUCUACAGACCGCUCGGGAGCAGCGGUGUUGUUUUGGGAUGCAGGAGGCGGAGGCUGCGGGAGCGAAAGGGGCUGGGUUCCUGGGGUGGAGAAGAGACGAACCUUUCUGGAUCUGAGACGCAGAUUCCUAGCGCUCGGGAGACGCGAGGGCUGGAGGGCAGACGGGCAGAAACUAAGCCUGAGACGGGAGUCGCAAAGACAAAGGGGGCGUGAGAGACCGCGCCAGGGAGCAAGGCGGCGGGAGGUGCGCCGGGCGAGGGAGGUGUGGGGGCGUGGGCUGCGGGAUCCUGCCGCCCGCUCCCUCUCGAGCUCCAGCUCCGGUUUUUCCCUCCGCCAUCCUCUCCCCCUCCCCGCCUCUCCUUUAACUCCCCCUCCCGGGCUCGGGACUGGUUUCCUCCCUUAGCCCGCUGCCCUCAAUCCCGGCGAGGCUGGGGCUCCGGUUUGGCGCCCCCUUUUUCGCUCCCUUGUCCGGUGCUCCAUGCCACCUCCGCCGGGUCCCUGGCUCCUUCAGUCCACGAUUUAGGCCCGCUCACUAAUCCCGAGGUGCUGAGCCUGGGCUGGGACGUAGGAAGCCUGCAGACUGCCCCUAGAAGGGCUCCUGAGGGCUGAGCGCUCCAGCGCGGGGCACAGGCAGAGCAGGAAGCAGGUCCGCGUGCGAGCGGGGGGUGUCAGCCACCCGGGAGGUCGGGGCAGAAAAGCCAGACAGCUAAGGCAGUCACCCCAGGGGGUGAGCGACUUUAGGGGAGUUGGUGCCCCGCCCCCCAGGCCUUGGCGGGGUCAUGGGGGCCCCCCAAUUUAGGCCGGGGGGUGUACGAGUCGGGGCCCUGCUGCUGCUCGGUUUUGGGGGGCUGGUGUCUGGGCUCAGCCUGGAGCCUGUCUACUGGAAUUCGGCGAAUAAGAGGUUCCAGGCAGAGGGUGGUUACGUGCUCUACCCUCAGAUUGGGGACCGGCUAGAUCUGCUUUGUCCCCGGGCCCGGCCUCCUGGCCCCCACUCCUCUCCUAAUUAUGAGUUCUACAAGCUGUAUCUGGUAGGGGGUGCCCAGGGCCAGCGCUGUGAGGCACCCCCUGCCCCAAACCUUCUUCUCACUUGUGACCGGCCAGACCUGGAUCUCCGCUUCACCAUCAAGUUCCAGGAGUAUAGCCCUAAUCUUUGGGGUCACGAGUUCCGCUCGCACCAUGAUUACUACAUAAUUGCCACAUCAGAUGGGACCCGGGAAGGCCUGGAGAGCUUGCAGGGUGGUGUGUGCCUUACCCGAGGCAUGAAGGUUCUUCUCCGAGUGGGACAAAGUCCCAGAGGAGGGGCUGCCCCCCGAAAGCCUGUGUCUGAAAUGCCCAUGGAAAGAGACCAAGGGGCAGCCCACAGCCUAGAGCCUGGGAAGGAGAGUAUGCCAGCUACCAUGAGAAGUGUCCUGUUUUGUCCAGUGGCCAAUAGCAAGAUACGAACCAGUUGGGACACAUAUGGACUUGGUCUGAUGCCGAAUGGGUCACUUGGGACAGGAAGUGGCUUGCUCCAGAUAAGAAGUCACCAGGUCUGGACAGAAGUGGCCUGGGAAGUGGCAGAAGCAGUACAGCAGGAACUGGAAGUGCCUUCAUCCAGGACAGGAAGUAGUACUUCUGAAACAGGAAGUGGUCUGGCUGGAACUCAAGUGACUUAGUCUGGGGUUUUGGGGGGAGGGCAGUGGAUGGUUCUUACUCUGUGGAAGAGGGUGGCGGGGCAGGAAGAGCUUCCUAUUUCCGGAGGAAGCUGGAACUUACCGACUGUAAGAAGAUUGGAUGGACUGAGGAGGAUUUUCCUAGUAUUCAGUGGCACUUCCCAGGACCCUCCUUCCUUUGUUCUCUGUGCUGCUUUUAAGACAGCUAAGAUGACUGCCAUCUGCUGUGGCAGGUCCAAUUUGUCUUGUUCUUCUUCCCUUUCCAUAUUCCAAUAUAAGCUCUGUUAUUCAAUAGGACUACCCCAUGUGUCGUCCCCCAGUAUCCCAGAUGGCUAUCUUGUUAAUCACAUCCUCCAUUUCCUAUUCUCUUCAAAUUCAACACAGCUCCCUUCUUAGUGACCAAAAUGGUGGCCCACUGACUGGUUUAGGUGACAGUGGCACUUAGCAACUGCCAACUGUUUCCAUAGUUACAACCUUAUACCUUUUCCUGCCCUCUAGUACACAACUGGAUGUUGCCUCAGUUUCCUCCCAGCUCACUUUCAUUAAACCAGAGCUGCCCUUGGGCACCAAGUUGGCCACCUCAAUCACCACCAGCCACAUAGUUGCUUAGUACACCAGAGGUCAAGUCAUCUCUCUGGUGUAGUUCCCAGCUUUCUCAGCUCCUUCCUGAUUUUUCUAAUUGCUCCAUCCAGGGAACGAACAGGAAGUUGCUAUUGCCAUGGGGGAGGUGGCAGGGUGUGGCUGUCACCUCAAUAGUUUUACUGUAAAAGGGAAAUUUGAAGAACAAAAACCAAAAAAAGAAUAAAAAACUUAAAAAGUUAA